AUGGGGGAACACGAGAGGCAGAUCGACAACCUGACAUUCGGUAUAAAUUGGAAUCGGAAAAUAAUGAAAGAAAGUAGAGUAGAAGAAAAUGGAAGAAGAAUUUUUGGGAUUUGGAAUUGGAAGGAAGGAAAAACGGAAGAGGAUGUACAUCGAAACCAGAAAUCAAACGACAUCCAAUACUACGGGAAAUUAUUCAAGGCAUCAAAAGCCAAGGGUUCUCUGGAACCGAAAAUUGUAGAGGUGUUGUGA